GCCGGGGCGGGGAAAGGAGGGAGCGAGGCGUGCGCUCCUGCGCAGGCGCAGUGGCCGGACGACGGACCGUGUGUUUCCAAAAUGGCGGCAGCGAUGGAUGUGGAUACCCCGAGCGGCACCAACAGCGGCGCGGGCAAGAAGCGCUUUGAAGUGAAAAAGUGGAAUGCAGUAGCCCUCUGGGCCUGGGAUAUUGUGGUUGAUAACUGUGCCAUCUGCAGGAACCACAUUAUGGAUCUUUGCAUAGAGUGUCAAGCCAACCAGGCGUCUGCGACUUCUGAAGAGUGCACGGUGGCGUGGGGCGUCUGUAAUCAUGCGUUUCACUUCCACUGCAUCUCUCGCUGGCUCAAAACACGGCAGGUGUGUCCGUUGGACAACAGAGAGUGGGAAUUCCAAAAGUAUGGGCACUAGAAUAAGAGAAUUCUUCCAUCAAGCUUAACUGUUUUGUUAUGCAUCUAAUGACUUGCCCUCCUGUUAAUUAUAAAUUAGGUAGAACGGUGUCUUCUCUGCUUUGUGUCUCGGGGUUGCUUGUCCUGCAGCCAUAUUGUACUCUGUGUCAAAUAAAGUCCAGUUGGAUUCGA